UGGUUAGCACUUAGCCGUCGCCUAAUUCUCUCUACCUGCUCCUAACCUUGAGCUUAACCCAUCCUCCUCCUCCUCCUCCUCGCCCUCGCCACUCGCAGCAGCAGCAAGCUCGCCGCGAUCCCACGAGCCACGAAGGACUAGUCUCCUCGCUCCUAGCUAGGGCGCUAGGCCUAGAGGAAGGAGGAAGGGAGGAAAUUUUGUUUCUUUUUUGUUUCUAAUCCUACCUUAAGAUUGCUGCCGUAGCUGGAGGGAUCGAGGAGUGGGAGGAGGAAGACGAAUCGAGCGGUCUCCGCAGAGUUGUUGAUUGUCAUGUGCUGCUGCAAGAGGAGGAUAUCAAUGGUGAAGGAGAGCUGAGGGGGAGUGUGGGCAAAAGCAGUUCUGGACUCUUGACCAUAGAGAUAUCUUCAUAGCUUGUUUGAUUUAUAUCAUCUGAGGCAUGUACAAGAACCAGCUCCAGGAGCUUGCUCAGAGGAGCUGCUUCAAUUUGCCGUCUUAUGCGUGCAUCCGUGAGGGACCAGAUCACGCUCCGCGGUUUAAGGCCACGGUUAAUUUCAAUGGAGAAACAUUUGAAAGCCCCACAUUCUGCUCUACUUUGCGGUUGGCAGAGCAUGCGGCGGCAGAAGUAGCGCUCAAUGAGUUGUCGAGGAGAGGGCCAUCAUCAUCACUUGCUGCAAAAGUUCUGGAUGAAACAGGGAUCUACAAGAACCUACUUCAAGAAACUGCUCAUCGAGCAGGUUUAAAACUGCCCGUGUACACUACCAUUCGGUCUGGGCCAGGCCAUACACCAGUGUUCACAUGUACAGUGGAGUUGGCGGGGAUGACAUUUACUGGCAAUCCCGGCAAGACCAAGAAACAAGCACAAAAAAAUGCUGCUAUGGCUGCCUGGUCUGAAUUGAAGAAAUUGCCCCGAGUAGGUGACCCAUCAUCCUCAUCUUGUCCACCAGAUCAUGAUGACGAUGAUCAGGAACAGAUUAUAGUGGCUCGUACUCUUGCAAGCUUGAAUCAGACUAAUGGAGGCAAGACACCACACCAAAAGGAAAAACAACAGAGCAGCAACCGACUGCCAUCUCGGAGACCCUCUUAUCCAAAAUCAAAUGCAUCACUCCACCGGUUGCAUUUACAAAAGCAUACAUAUCCAAGCGUUCCACCAGAGCAAGCAAUGUACCAUAUGUGGCAUCAGGUGCACACAACACAGCAGAAGCCACAUUUUCCGAUGGUACCCACCAUGGGCAGUACAGGCUUUCCACCACCUCCAACUAUGCUCCACCUGUACCCUGCACCUAGAGGGCAGUUCACCAUGCCAGCCAGUCAAGAUGGUUUAGGUCUUCUUCCUGCUCCUGUCCUUCCACGGUACUUCUCACCUUAUCCAGCCUCCUAUGUACCAAGAAGCCAGUUGCAAGUGAAUGUCCACAAAGUUCACGAGAAAAGGUUAGUGGGUGCUGGUGCAGUUGAGCUUCCUGAUGCUGCGGUCUUCUCCCAAUACACUUCUCCAGAUUUCUCUGGUCCAUCAGAAAAUGUUGGUCUGGAUAUCAGGAAAGAAGAAUGUACUGAGAGCUGUCCUCCCUCUGAGGAAGAAACCAAAGCUCAUACUGCCUCAAGCUCCACUAUGCAUUCACCAUCACAAAAGCUAGAAUCAAAUCAAGAAAAAGAAAUUAUGGGUGGUGUGCGGUUGGAAUCAAAGAAGUCCGCAGAACAGCCACCAUCACCACCAUCAAAGGUCAAUCCUGUUCUUCAUGGAACUGGCCAGCAGCAUCAUUAUAGUUCUGUUCGUCAUAGUGAUCCUGUCCACAGAAAUAGUCCUCAAAUUAGUGUGCCUACAUCACCUAGUUCUGUUCAUGAAGGUGGUGAUCCUGCCCACAGAAGCAGUCCUCAAAUAAGUGCGGGUACGUCACCUGAGUGCUGGUCUCCCCGUGCACAAGCUCCACCAAGAUUUGGAACAAGAAUUCCUUCACCAAGUUUGUUAUACCAGCAGCGGCCUCCAUGGUUAGCUGCCUCUGUUACAAUCAGGACGGCUGUCCCUGUAUGCUCCGCGAGACCAAAUGUGGUGAACUCCAGUGCUGGAGCAGCUCAUGCACAACCAGCUGUUCAGAUCUUCUCAGCCCCGCCUAGACAAGAACCUGAAGCUCACAAGAACACCAGAGAAACAAGCGGUGCUGCACCAGCGAGUUCCGAGCUCAGUAAGCUCCAUAUUUGAGCCACAGUUUUAGUCAGGGCUGCUGAGAGCUUGAGGCUCAGCUGCAUCUCAGUUUUGAUUGUUUCUUUUCCUUUCAUUUUUCUCUCGAGUAUUAGGCAGAUAGACAUAACUAUAUGAAGAGCUGGAGAGCGGG